GAGGCUCCUGGGCUGAUGCAGCCGCCGCUUCUCCAGCUGGCUAGGAAAGUAGGUUUUGCCGCCGCGCCGGAUCCUCCCGCAGAGAGGGCCGCUGCCUAGCCAGCCUAGCGGGGGACACCGAAGGGCUGAAAUUGGGAGGCGCAGGCGCUGCUAUUGCAGCGGCAUCUCAGGAGCGCAAUGGUUUGCGGCGGCUUUUCCUGCUCGAAGAACAGCCUCUGCGCCCUCAACCUGCUGUAUACGCUGGUCAGCCUGCUGCUGAUCGGAAUUGCAGCAUGGGGCAUAGGCUUUGGCCUCAUCUCCAGCUUCCGGGUGGUCGGAGUAGUCAUUGCCGUGGGGAUAUUUCUGUUCCUGAUUGCUCUGGUGGGAUUGAUCGGGGCCAUCAAACACCAUCAGGUGUUGCUGUUCUUUUAUAUGAUUAUUCUCUUGCUAGUGUUCAUUAUACAGUUUUCAGUCUCCUGUGCUUGUUUGACCUUGAACAAGGAACAGCAGAGCAAACUUCUUGAAGUUGGGUGGAACAACGCAAACAGUACAAAACAGGAUAUUGAGAGGAAUCUCAACUGUUGUGGAUUCAAUAGUGUCAGUGAAGCGGACACAUGCUCUGCUGAUUGUGUUAAACUACAGACAUGUGUAUCAUGUGCACCAAUAAUAAAAGAAUACUCUGGGAAGGUGUUGAGAUUUGUAGGGGGCAUUGGGCUCUUCUUUAGCUUCACUGAGAUUUUAGGAGUGUGGCUCACCUUCAGAUACAGGAAUCAAAAGGAUCCGCGUGCAAAUCCUAGUGCAUUUCUUUGACCUGGAAACUUUCUCAAGGGACUGAUUUCUUUUUCUGUGUUUUUUUAAAAAUGAAUUCUCUACUGGUUGGCUGCUCUCCAUAUAAAUUGGGGGCUGUGCACUUGAGAUAAGAUGACAUGCCUGCAACUGAUUCUGAUCCUGGUUUUUACUGUAUUGCCCUUGGAUUAACUGAUGUGGAAUGUCAACUGUGUAACUAAUCAGCAUUUGGAUACUCUAAGAAUGUGGGGAGAUGGUUCUGUAAGAGUUAUUCCAAUCUUAAAUGGUCAUUCCAGUCUUCUAAUAGUUAGUUGCUAUUGCCUUUGGUGAUGAAAGAGGAAAAAUAUUUCUGAUAUCUCAUUGUGAAAUACUAGUUUUCUUGGUCUUAAAUCUACUGUAAAUUAUUUUGAUGUUGCUUCCAGCCUUGGUAUUAUGGGGUGUAAAACCACAACAUAGACAUCAUGAGAUAUAGAAAAUCGUUUUCCCCCUUUUGUUCUGUUUCUCUUCCUAUUUCUGUGGACAUAUGAAAACCUGUGUACGCUACUUAGCAUUGUCCAUCUAUUUCAGAAUUGCGAUGGGAACAUAGUGAUUCCAAACCAGUGCUCUGUUUUGUCUUUUCAGUACAUUAAUGGGUUGUUUGGUGAGCUUUCUUAUUCACUGCGGCUCUGUGCACACCUGAACACAUUGGACUGGGGUGGCGCAAUGCCAUUCAGAACUGAUAACAUUCAUAAUAGAUUUGCCAUUGACUUUAGUACACUGAUCUUCAACCUUGGGUCCUAGGUGUUGAUGGACCAUAAGUUCCCAUCAUCCACAGACCAUGCUGUCUGGGGAUGAUGGGAGUUGUAGUCCAACAACAUAUGGGGACCCAGAAGAACAGUACUUUAGGGUAUAGAAGAGAUGUAGCCAAUAUGUUGCCCUCCAGAUGUUGCUGAAGUACAGCUCCCGUCAUCCCUGACCAUUGGUCAUGCUGACUGGGGCUGGUGGGAGUUGGAGCCCAACCACAUCAGAAGGCACCAGGGCUGGCUACCCCAGUAUAGAGUAUAUCUUUAAAAUGUAACAAAUGAGGAUAAGCAGGGAUAUGAAUCUUCAUUGUAUACCUAAUAACAUGUAUUUGAAUGAACUAUGUGUAAUUUAUAAUGGCUUAAGAGAAGAUAAUGUUUAGCUAGUUUGUCACAGUAAGGAACUAGUCUUGAUGUUUAGACAUCUUGUAUGAAUUUAAUCAGUGUAGUAAGUUAAUUGUGAUACUGAUGUUGGUCUUCAGAUUUAAAGAAUUAUAUUCAUUUAUUGAUAUUUAAAAUAUUUUUUCGCACUUGAUAUUUAAAAUAUUUGAUCAUAAAUGUUUGCUAGAAUAUUGUAGUUCUAUGUCUUCGUAGCAUAUGGUUAGUUUAUUUAAAAAUGUUUUUGGGAAGUAUGUUAAAAAAUUUGGAUAGAGGCAUGUGUCAUGUAAUAGAGUACCUGAUAAAGAGUCCAACGGAAAACCACUGCAAACCCUAGUGUCUUAAAAUGUUGUGUGUAUGGAUUGCUUUAAACAACUGAAAUACAGGAGUUAAUGCUUUCUUAUCAAAGGAGAACCGGGAGAAUUAUUUAAGGGACAGGCCCAUUACAAGUAGCAUGAACAAAAAUGAGAUCAAGAAAAUACAAAUUGUCAGGUAGGACCAGCUGGGCAAACAUAUUGUAAAGAGCGGAGUGUGGAAAGCCUUCAUUGAAGUACAUGGUUAAAAUUAAGCCACAUUCUACCACAAGAUACAGUGAUGGCUGCCAAGCUGGAUGGCUUUAAAAUGGAGAUAUGACAGAUUCAUGGAGAACAAGGCUAGGGGCCAGGAUGGCUAUAUUACCUCCAGUAGCAGAGGCCUUGAAUGCCAGUUCCUAAAGAUCACAAAUGGGGAGAGUGCUAUUGCCCUCACGUCCUGGGCUUCCCACAGGUGUUUAGUUGACCGCUGUGAGGCCAGAAUGCUGGUCUAGGUGGAUCUUUGGUCUGAUCCGGCAGGGCUCUUUGUACAAGAAGUGGUGGUACUUCCAGUCAUUCUUCUGACCGUCUGCUCCAAAAAGACUUAGUGACUUUAAUUUGGCUUAUUCCAGGGAGGCUGCACUUCUGUGUCAACUUACCUGGGAGUAAGCUUUACUGUACUGAAUGGGAUUUGUGAGCAGACAUGUAUAGGAAUGUACUUUUAAUAUACUUAGUAUUUUUUUAAUACUCUUACUAUGUGGGCAGUGUUAGUCACAGUCCAGUGGUAUAUGCAUUCCAGUGUGUGCAUACCAAUAUCAAAAGGGAGGAUUUUGUUUCACACGUCCCCGUGUCGUCUUGCAGUUUUAAAGAGGAAUCAGAAAACUGCUGAUGGAAAAGCAGCCAUCUUUAUUUUAUUUAUUUACUUUACUAAUUUAUAGGUGGUUUGCUGUCAAUAAAUCUUGAAGUGUUUAUAUAAAAAAAAAUGUCAAAGUACGUAAGCAUAUAGUAUACACAGUCCCAACAAUUUAAGAAAAAAGAAAUCCAAAUACAUAGAUAUGCAAUAUAGUACAAUAUAUAUGUAACAAUUGUGUUGAUUAUAACAUUCUAAAAAGAUACAUGUAUGUGUAGGUGUGCGUAUGACCACUUGGUAAACAUAAAUCAAGAUCUCGGCAAGACUUUACCCAUACAACCACUCUUGCAAUUUCUCACACCCACAGAUACAACUAUUACAUUUUUACUAGGGUUUUCCUUUUUUCUAAUUGCAUAUUCUUUCAUCAAUCCCAUAAAUGCAACAAGCAAUAAUAAUAAUAAUAUGCACUAAUCAUAACAGCUGACAAUAAUAAUAAGCUCUCCAUGCCUCAACAACAUCAUUAAAUUCAGUCCCCUCUCUUGCUCGGUGUCUGUGGUCCCAGUUGUAUUUCACCCUGCCCUUAGCAUCCCUUUUGCCUUCACUCAGCUUUCCUGUUGCUCUUUAUUUACGCUUCUCUCUUCUGCAUACCUCUCUGUUGUCUUUACAUCAGGGACAUCCAGGUAAUGCUUAAAUAUGGCUGUGUAAGUCCCAUUAAACUCGUUGGUACUUCUGGAUAGACCUGUAUAGCAGGAGCACUUAACCUGUGGCCCUCCAGAUGUUGACCUUCCAUCAUUCCCAGCCAACAAGGCCAAUGAUAAGGGAAUGAUGGGAGUUGUAGUCCAACAACAUCUGGAGGACCACAGUUUACCUACCCAUCUUGUAUUGGUUUGCACGCUUUAAAAAAAAAAAGGAAAGAAAAGAGAUGCUUGGGCAUCAUCUGUCUGGAACCCAUUCCCCCAAUCCUAGAUGAUGAGGAGUUGAUUUUAUUUUUCUCACUUGGGAAAGGCACACCAAGCAUGCACAGGAUUAUGCUUUUCUUACUGCCUGCCUUAAAUCUGGGAUGACCUUACAGCUGCUUCACUCUUCAAGUACAUGAAAGGUCACACAGAAGAGAGCCAAGGAUCUCUUCUCAAUAUUCUCAGUGCAGGACACAGAAUAAUGGGCUCAAGCUACAUGAAGCCAGAUUUUGAUUGAACGUCAGGAAAAGCUUCCUGACGGUUAGAGCGGUAUGAUAAUGGAACCAAUGACCUAGGGAGGUGGCAAGCUCUCCAACACUGGAGGCAUUCAAGAGGCAGCUGGACAGCCACCUGUCGGGUAUGCUUUAGUUUGGAUUCCUGCGUUGAGCAAGGGGUUGGACUCAAUAGCUUUAUAGGCCCCUUCCAACUUUAUGUUUCUAUGAUUCGAGGAAUAGAAACUUACUACGUUGUGGCUCAGAUUAAUUCCUGAAGUCCUUCCAGCUUCUUUUUCCAGUGCUGGCCUUUCCCUAAUUUUCUUCUUUGCCCUCACAGCAGUUCUUCCAAAGGCUAGGAGGGGCCUUACACAUUAAUGAGUAGCUGCCAGCUAAGCUGUGUAUACUGUAGUUAAAUAAUCAGGGCUGGCUCUUCUGUUUGGCAGAGUGAGACAGUGGAUGCUAUCCCCAGCCCCUCCCCGCCUGUCCCCCUCCUUUUGAGCCAGCACUUCAUCAGCAAUAAUGAAUGGGCUCACUGUCCUGUCUGGUUCAUCUAGUUGCCUUCUUCCAACGUAUCAGUGCUGCUGGAAAGUCCCAUGUAACAGCAAACAGGCUGGCAGGCAGCACAAGCCUGAUGCGUAUGCUGCUUUGAGCAGAACCCAAGCAUUGCAUGUCCACCAACCAUCCUGUUGUGUGCGCUGCUUGCCCCAUCUGUGAAAAGCAGGCUACUGCUACAUUGCAACAUGACAGUGAGUAGGCACCUGACAAAGUAGUGAAGGGGGAGCAGCAAGGUGUUAGAGGAGAGAUCUAAGUGGCCUGCCCUAUGCCCUUAAGCUAGCCUGCUAGAGUGAGGUGCAGUGAAGGAUGCCAUUCUGUUGCUGGUGUUUAAGUUUCAGCUGCCAGUACAGUUGGCUUCUAGACAUGGAAUGGAGGCAGGGAUAUCUCAGGCCAUUGAUCACCUCAACCAGAAAUCCUAGUUUAGGUCAGGAAUAGCCAAUGUGCUCCAGGUGUUUUGGACUAUAGCUUCCAUAAUCUCUAAUCGCUGGCCAGGCUGAGUGAGGCUCAUAUGUCUGAAGGACAUCACAUUGGCUAACACUGGUUUAGAUAACUGUCUAAACCAGGCAUUUGUGUGUGUGCUUUAGGGUGGAAGGGGAAUAAGCUGAGAAAAUUCAGCUGUGAAAUGACUGGUAAAGUUUGGUCACUGUGUGUCUUCCAUGAUUUUGGUCAGGUAAUGUACAGCAUUAAUACUUAAAUAGCUGUAAUGCUGAUAUUUAAUAGAUGACUAUGCUUGGGUUACAAGUUACUCAUUUACAUGUUCUGAUGUAGAACGCAUAAGAUAAAGAGCCAGCAAGCCAAACAUUAACUAUUCAACAGUUUCUAUGUAAAUUAAGACUGCCUGUGAGGUAAUGGAGAUUUCACUGGCACAUUGGCUCACGUAGGCCACGUCCACACCAUACAUUCAAAGCACAUUUAACACAUUUGAAGCACAUGGAUUCCCUCAAAGAUUCAUGGGAACUGUUUACCCUUCACAGAUCUACAAUUCUCAGCACUCUUGACGAACGACAGUUCCCAGGAUUCUUUGGGGGAAGCCAUGUGCUUUAAAUAUAUGAUGUGGAAUUCCCAAACUGUUGCCCAUGAGCUUCAUUCAGGUGGUCCAUGACAUAUCUAUAUUAAAUAUUCAUGUUGGUUUUUAAUUGUAUUUUUAUUGCUUCUUUUAUUUCUUCUAUUGUAUUUUUCCCCUUUUUUCUUUUAAGCAGGUAUAUUUGCAGAAACACUAAUAUUGAUCCAUUCUCAUUUUGUAUGUUACAGCAUCAAAAUAAAUGUUUACAAAAACAAAUAAUCAAA